AUGGCGCAGCCGAGGGAGCUCGUGGACGACGACGGCGUCGACGACACGGGCGGACCGACGCGGAUACAGCGGUUCAACGGGAACGAGCUCGACAUCACGGUCUCGAACAACGGGUACUCGAGACGCGCGUACUUCUCCGGCUACGACAUGGACGUCGCGGACGAUUCGAAGACGGAGAAGAAGACGAGCGAUCUCGAGGGCGACAAGCCGGACAACCUCGCCGGUUUGAUCGACGAGGUGCAAACGGUGGAGACCGUCGAGGAGGCGAAAAGAGUGCUCGGCGUGUUGAUGAGCAACCUGGGCAGCGCGGACAGGCCGAUCUACCACGCCGUGGACACCGAGGUGGCGGACAUCGACGUCGCGGACCAGACCCCGGUCGGUCACGGCGUCGUGACGUGCUUCUCCGUGUUUUGCGGUCCGGACGUGGACUUCGCGCCGGGCGCGGGGGGCGGCGGCGGCGGCGGCGACGCGGCGGCGGCGGACGGGAAAGAGAACGACUCGGGCAACGGCAACGGCGACGGCGGCGGGGGAACGUCGACCGGCGCGAAGAGGAAGAGUCUCCUGUGGGUGGACACCCUCAAGCUCGGGGACGAGGGCUGGGCGAUAUUCAAGCCGUAUUUCGAAUCCCCGGACGCGAAAAAGGUGUGGCACAACUACAGCUUCGAUCGUCACGUCAUCGAGAACCACGGGGGAAUCAAACUCGCGGGAUUCGCCGCGGACACGAUGCACAUGGCGCGUCUGUGGAAUUCGAACCGCAAGCUCGAGGGCGGGUACUCCCUCGAGGCGUUGACGUCCGACCCGAAGGUGAUGUCCGAGGCGGGGGAGAUGUUCAGCGAAGCCGGCGAGGAGUUGAUCCGCUCGAAGAGAGGGAUGAAGAAGAUCUUCGGCAAGCCGAAGAUUAAAAAGGACGGCACCCCCGGGAAGACGAUCGAGCUCCCGCCGAUCGACCAGAUUCAAAACGAUCCAGAACAGCGAGAGACGUGGAUCGAGUACUCCGCGCUGGACGCGCAGGCGACGUGGUUUUUGCGCGAGAGCCUGGAGGCGAAGCUCCGGGGGAUCUCCUGCGACGCGUGCCCGCGUCUGAGCGACAAGCCGACGUUUCACGAGUGCGCGAACCUGUGGGAAUUUUACACGACGUACCUCAGAGAGUUUGGCGAGGUUCUCACGGACAUGGAAUCCGCGGGGAUGUUCGUGGAUAAGAAGCACUUGGAGGGCGCGGAGAAGCAAGCGCUCGCGGACAAGAAAGUCGCGGAGGAUUACUUCCGGAGGUGGGCGAUGAAGAUGUGCCCCGCUGCGGAGCACAUGAACGUCGGAAGCGGCAUCCAGGUUCGUCAGCUGCUCUUCGCCGGCGCGCGGAACAAGAGGCCGGACAAACCCGGCGUCGAGAAAGAGCGCGAGUUCGCGAUGGUCUCCCCGGAGUGGACGGCGUGGGACGAGGGCGGAAGAGAGGGCAAAGCCCCGAAGAAGGGCGCGAAGUUUACGCUGCACGGGGUCACGAAGCGCGACCUGGCGGUGCCGGUGUACACCGCCACCGGCCUCCCCGCGGUGUCGUCCGUCGUGCUCAGGUCGCUCGCGGGGAGGCCCGGCGCGGCGAGGGAGAUCGUGGACACCUGGGACGCCCUAACGGACGCGGAGAAGACCAACGACGCCCUCAAGAAGAGUUGCGGCGCCGCGUACGACGCGUUCGGCGGCGGUUACGACGGCGCCGAGGCGUGCGCCGCCGUGGACGCGCUCAACGACGUCGCCGCGAUCGACACGCUCCUCUCGAACUUCAUCAUACCGCUGCAGAGCGAUAACCUCCGCGGGAAAACCGGCAGGGUGCACACGGCGCUCAACAUCAACACGGAGACGGGGCGCCUGUCCGCGCGCAGGCCGAGCCUUCAGAACCAGCCCGCGCUCGAGAAGGACCGGUACGGGAUUCGAAAGGCGUUCACGUGCCGCCCGGGAAACAUCCUCGUCGUCGCGGACUACGGCCAGCUCGAGCUCCGUCUGCUCGCGCACAUGGCGGGGUGCGCGUCGAUGCGCGAGGCGUUCGAGGCUGGGGGCGACUUUCACUCGCGGACCGCGAUGGGGAUGUAUAAGGAGAUUCGAGAGGCGAUGGACGAGGGGAAGUGUCUUCUGGAGUACGGAAGCGAGGGGUACGACGAGGACGAGGCGAACCGCCCGGCGCUGGUGAAGGACAUGUUCGCGUCGGAGAGGAGGAAGGCGAAAGUGUUGAACUUCUCCAUCGCGUACGGGAAAACCGCGCACGGGCUCGCGAAAGAUUUCGGCGUCUCCACGAAGGAGGCGGAGGACACGGUGAACUUGUGGUACAGCGACCGACCGGAGGUGAGGGCGUGGCAGGAGGUCCAACACGCGAACGCGACCAAGUUGGGGAAGGUGAGCACCCUGCUCGGGCGGCACCGGAACCUCCCGGAGGCGUCGUCCAGGGACGAGAUGCGACGGCAGCACGCGUUGCGAGCGUCCAUCAACACGCCGAUCCAAGGAGGCGCCGCGGACAUCGCGAUGCUCGCGAUGAUGCAGAUCCACCGAUGCCCGCGUUUGAAAGAGAUCGGGUACGAGCUUCUGAUGCAGAUCCACGACGAGGUCAUCUUAGAAGGGCCGGAGGAGCACAAAGAUGAGGCGCUCGCGCUCGUGAAAAGACACAUGGAGAACCCGUUCAACGACCACGAGAACUUGUGCGACGUGGACCUGAACGUGGACGGGAACUACGCGAAGACGUGGUUCGAAGCGAAGUGAUGCGCGAAGCGAAUUUCGCGCGGCGGGGGCGGGCGGCGGGUGGUGAAUGUUUCGCUCUUUCGGAGACGACGGACGACGCGGCGGAGACGUCGGAAGACGCGGCGGAGAGUGCCGCGUCGCGGAAAAAGGCGCGAAGCGCGCGGGCUCAUCGCGGUUGGUUUUAACAUGUUUCACACGCGCCGUAUACGUCAGCUCGGAGCAUCAAAUU